AUGAGGCAAGAUUUCGAGAAGAAGAGUUUAGAGCUUGGGAAGAAGAUCGAACAAUUGGAGGAAGAGAAGAUGCACCUAAGGUUAGAGGCUGAAAAGUGGAGAAAAGGAAAAACUAAGGCCGAAGAAGACCUAGACAGUUUGAAAACGGACUACAAGAAGUUACGCCUAUCUAUGAGGACUGCGGGCUUAGGUAAGACUUCCGAACAAUGGCGCCAUGAAAUUCGGGAAGAAAAGGCCAAUACCGACUGGUGGGAAAGGAAAUUCCGAGAAGCUAAAGCACGAAACGAAGAUUUAGGGAAAAGUCUGUCAGAAAGCAGAAAUGAGCGAGGGGAAUUAAGGGCUAGAGUGGUAGAACUCGAGAAGUCUUUGCAUCAAUACCGAAACCGCAACACCGCAAUGGAAUUGAGGGCAAGCUUGAGCAAGAUAGAAGAAAUGAAAGGAAAAAUAGAAGAGUUAGAAGCGUCAUUACAAAACUAUGAGAUGCAGAUCGAGUUUUUCGAAGCAAACGAGGAUCGUUGGAAGGAGCAGCUUCACCAUGCGCAAGACCAAGUCAGAAACAGAGAUUACCUUAUGCAGAAAGCCAUAACCCAGAUCCGGGAGGUAGCGGACUACUUGGAAACUUUAGCGGUUCAGGCAGACACACUAAGCGUAAAAUAUAAGUUGGAGUCGGAGCGCGGGCAGGAGCUGGCCUCAUUGCUUAGAAAAAUUAGGACUUUGAUCUCAGAUGCAAGAGCAGCUAGCCAAGAUUCAGCGAGAGAUGAAAGAGCAAAUGAUGGAGUCCUAGAGGAAAAUGAUGAGUCAGUUAUCCCAACUGCUGUUGAGAGGAACGGAUAA